GUUGUCUAUUUAGUGUACAUAUACAGGAAGCAAUAGUUGUUUUUAUUGAAAAAAGAGUGUCUCCCAAAACUAGUCGCGCCGCCAAGAAGCGAUCAUAAAACUUUUUUGUUAUACCUACAUGCUAGGUAUUAGAUUUAGAGAGAUAUUCAACGGAACAGGAAAAACAACACAGGAACGCAAUAUGUCAGCUGUUUGUUCCCAGAGUGACAGAGGAUGUUAUAGUGAUUGCGGUUAGAAUUCCGUUCGAAGGCGUUCGCGUUCGGCAUCGACACAUCCGUGAAUCGGUAAUCAGUUUUCAAUCGACACGGCUUGCAGAGUCCAUCAUCAUCAGUGAGAAGGAAAGCUCCUACUGAUCUAAAAAUGUCUCACUCGCGGUAGUAAACACAAUCAUCACAAACUUAUCGAAAGUGCAAGUCCCCAGAACGUGAUGGACUCUCAUCUUCUCGGUGUAGCUCAACAGCAACCGAAACAGAAACAUCAACUCAUUAGCCGAGUAGUGACAUUUGUAAGAAAUCCCCAUCCCAUUACAGCUCUAGUUGACGAGGAUAGGAACAGCAGAGGGGAAACGGGACCUAAAAAAUCUUACUUCAAAGUACAACUGAUGUGUGAUAACAACACUCAACUGCUGGGUGUCAGUGAUAGUAUACAGUGAACCGUGAAGCAACAAACGCAGACUGACCAGCAACAAACAGCUAAAAGUGCCUUAAUUAUUUACACCUUUGGAAAGGAAACAGAAGAAAAAAAAGUUCAAGACUGAAGACCGACACGGGUUAAAAAUUCAGUGGAAGGCAAUUUGAUGCAAAUCACCCGUUAAUCGAUUCCGUGUUUAUUUUUGAAUUAUUUUAAAUUCGAAAAAAAAAUCAUACAAACAUCUAGUGGAACAAAAGCAAGCCAGUGGGUAGUGAUUUUUAUCGUGCGCAGCAACUUUUAAAGAGAGAGAAAAAACUGAAGUUCACAUGUGCCAAAGCGAAUAAGAAGGAGCAAAAACAAAAACGCGCUAAAGAUCAUGGUCGAUGCAGUCCAGCAGGGUGCGGCCACACUAGCCGAUCAUCAUCAUCAGCAUCACUUUGGUCGGCAGUUGCUGAACUGGAUCGUGGGACAUUCAUCUUCCUGGUACGGGACCCUAGGCACUGGUUCCGAAUUUCUGGACAACUACAGGAAGCUGGAAAGUGGGGCCGCAAUCUUGGAGCAAGGUUUGGCGGCAAAGUUGGAGGACGAAGACGAUCAGUCAGUUGUUGUCGGCGAUCAGCAACCGUACCAGAGAGCCCAACCGAGGUCCGCCGAUUGGAGAUUCAUCCGGAGGGACGAUCCGAUCGUAGAGUACGGACUGAGGAACUUCGAGAAUCUUAUGCUGGUCGACAUUAUGGAGAACUGCCAGGAGGGAAUUCCCGUUGAAAUGUUCAACGUGCUGGCCCCGUUUCAUCAGAACAGUUCCGCAGCCAACAACAACAGUGGCGGUGCUCAGCAGCAGCCGUCCCAACAACAGCAGCAGCAGAAUGGAGUAGGUCGCGGAGGAGCUGGACCAAGUGGAGGAGCAGCCGCCAUCGUGGUGGAGAAUAUGCAAGUGACUCAACCCUGCAGUGCGCCAUCGUCUCCGACCAUCACUUCGCCGGGGGCCCUCAGCUCGACAUCAUUCUGUUUGCCAUCGUCGACGACGACAACAACGACGGCGACCGGAAUUGCGGCGUCUUCCUCGAGCAGCAAUUCUAGCAGCGUCAUUGCCUGCACCACAGCUGCCGAUACCGGUGAUCCAAACUGGCAGGCCACCAAGAGCACCGUCCGGGAGCGGAAUGCAGCCAUGUUCAACAACGACCUGAUGGCGGACAUCCGCUUCAUCGUCGGAAUCGAUGAACAAGUGCAAACCAUACCGGCUCACAAGUACGUACUAGCUACCGGGAGUUCCGUAUUCUACGCCAUGUUCUACGGGGGCCUUGCCGAGGACAAGGAAGAGAUCAAGGUGCCCGAUGUGGAGCCGACCGCAUUUUUAACCAUGCUGAAAUACCUUUACUGUGAUGAGAUCCACCUGGAGGCGGACAAUGUGCUGGCGACGCUGUACGUGGCCAAGAAGUACAUCGUGCCGCACCUGGCCCGGGCCUGCGUCAACUAUCUGGAGACGAGCCUGACGGCAAAAAACGCCUGUCUGCUGUUGAGCCAGUCGCGCCUCUUCGAGGAACCGGAACUGAUGCAGCGCUGCUGGGAGGUCAUCGAUGCCCAGGCGGAGAUGGCCAUCAAGUCCGAGGGCUUCGUCGAUAUCGAUCUGAAGACGUUCGAGACCAUUCUGGCCCGGGAGACGCUGAACUGUAAGGAAAUUCAUCUCUUUGAGGCGGCCCUCAGUUGGGCCCACUCGGCCUGUACCAAGAUCGACAUCGAACCAACCUCAGGGAACUUGAGACAGGUUCUGGGUGGGGCUCUAUAUCUGAUCCGGAUUCCGACGAUGUCAUUGGAAGAAUAUGCCAACCGGGUGGCCCAACUUGGAAUUCUCACGAACCAGGAAACGAUCGAUAUUUUUCUCAACUUUACCGCCAAGAACAAACCGAAGCUGACGUUUCCGGUGAAGGCAAGGGCUGGCCUGAAGACUCAGCUGUGUCAUCGAUUCGCAUCCUGUGCCUAUCGUAGCAAUCAAUGGCGCUACCGGGGCCGAUGCGAUUCGAUCCAGUUCUCGGUAGACAAACGGAUCUUUAUCGUCGGUUUCGGGUUGUACGGAUCUUCGACGGGGGCAGCCGAUUACGAUGUCAAGAUUGAGUUGAAGCGAUUAGGCCGGGUUCUGGCUGAGAACAAUACCAAGUUUUUCUCGGACGGAUCCAGCAAUACGUUCCACGUGUUCUUCGAAACUCCGAUCCAGAUCGAACCGGAGUGCUUCUACACGGCCUCGGUUGUGCUGGACGGAACCGAGCUAAGCUUUUUCGGUCAAGAGGGAAUGAGUGAAGUUAGUGUUGGAACGGUAACCUUCCAGUUCCAGUGUUCGUCUGAAAGUACCAACGGAACCGGAGUCCAGGGUGGACAGAUACCGGAACUAAUCUUCUACGGACCGAUGGGAACCAGCAGUGGAAAUGGAUCUAGCGGGGCCCCGCAUGGAACCGGGGCAAUUUCCGGUAGCAGCAGCAACAAUUCAUUGAACAACAACAAACCAAGCGGAACUGGACGCGGUGGAUCUUCCGGGGCCAAGAACUCCUGCAAUGGAGGAGGAACCAUGAACAGUGUCUACGCUGAUAAUGGACCCAACGUGCUGAACAACAACGGCAGCAACGGGCUGGGAGCACUGGCCCUGGUCAACAGUGAAAGUGACUGAAGUUUAAUUAAAUUCGAGAGGAAAAAAUUUCCUGCUCGAAGCUCGGAAUAUUACUGAGAUUUCCAAUGGCAGAGCGUGUCGAUGCCGGGAAAGUUCUAGGAACGCGACACGCUCCCCUCAAUUUGUGGAAACCAAAACUGAUCAUGAACCGAAAACGAAUAUCGCUCAUUUUUUGGAGUGAUGAAAUUAAAAAUUUGAAAUUUAGCAGCAUGUAAAAGCAGCAUUUGUGCACGUAGAAAUUUCAACUUGUAUAUCUAUUAGCCAAUAGGGAAGUUUAAGAAACUUAAAAAAACGUAGAGAAAAAAGAUUACAAUAUAAAUCAAACGAGUUGAAGGAUAUUCCGAUUGGCGUGAACGAACUCGGGUAUUCAUCUUGUCAGACAAAUCUAAAUAAAACCAAUACUACAGAAUACCCAUUGUUUAUCAAGUGGUUACUCUAUUUUUUUAUUUCUGGAAUUUUCAUCCAUUCGGAUGAUUCAUCCAUAUUUCCGAAAAAAAAUCUAUCAAUAACUUGUACAGGAGUGUAACACAAAAAUGCUUCAAAAUUCUGGAGGUGUUACGAAUUUGGAAAUUCAGAAAAUUCUAACAAUCCCUAAACAUUUUGCAUUUUCUAAAAAUUUGCCCAAACAAGCACAAAUAAUUGCUGAGAAUCUGGUGUUACAGAUUUGAAUAAAUGAAAGCUUCAUCAAAUUAUGAAUAAACAAACUUUAAAAUCCAGCUUUUAUUCAGUUUUAACAAUUCGAGUCCCAUACCUAAGCAUCUCUAAGAACUCGAAAGAAAAAAUUUAAGCUUAAGUCUAAGCAUUUUAUUGUUUCAGAAUGUAAUUUGAUGCACGUUUCCGAUGAGUACGACGAAUUUGUUUGCAUAAUUUUGAUUGAUCCAAACAUCCAACAAAAAGGCAUACCGAAUAAGUGCGAUUUCUAACAAAUUUAAUUACCUAUGACGAAUCAUUUAUUUAUAAGGACCUGAGACUUAUUUGAAUGUUAAGUUCAAUUUAUUUUAUUGAUAUUUUAGAAGAAACAAAACACUGAUUUAUCACUAGUCACUAAGAGGACGAGAAUUUUAAGUAAGAUAAUAAUUUGUUUCAAAGAAUUUAACAGCAAGCUGUCAUUCUUCUUUAAAAGUGGAUAAUACAUAAGUUCGUUUCGUACAUGGUUGAAAUGUGUUGCUAUCAACUAUUCGUUUUUUAUAAACAUUUUGUUUAAAACUCUAGAAAAACCAUGUUAUCAAAUCACAAAUACUAUAGUCACCAGAAAUGUAAAAUAAGAUACAGUUGAUCAUGUUCACAGUUGAAAAAAAAGUAUUUGAAACAAAUGAAUUCAAUGAUGAAAAUUUAACAUAAACGAACUAACACUACCCAGAUGCUAAGCAAACGCAGAGAGUCAGCAAAAGUAAACACACUUGAAAAAGGUUUCGGCUGCAGUUGCAGCAAUAACACAGAAAAGGAAUAAUGAUAUGCCUCACACCCUGACAAAACAGAAAGGAACCAACAGAAAAUACCAAGGUUUUUGACUGACAUGAUUGUUCAAAAGAAUCAACCGGAAAUCGUGAAGGGAAAAUAUAACUUAUACUAACAAACAAAUAUCUCUUCAAAUCUAUUUUGAUCUUGAGAAACUUUUCAAACUAAAAAUAAGUUAAAAAUGCAUACAUAAAAUCCUAUUAAAUAUAUUGAAAGUAGCAGAAACUAUUUAUAUUGAAAUGACACAAAUAAAAUUAUGAAAAAACAACUUAGUAGCAGGACGAUUUCUGUUUUCCGAAUGAAAAAAAAAAAUGAAAAAAUCCGAAAGUACACAUAAGAAAGAACACAAGUUACAAAAACAAAGGCAGCCUUAACAAAGCCCGGUACUACUACAAUAAUUUUGGAUGUUCUAGUAAGUGUUCUUUGCUGGUCUUUUCUUUCUCUGAAAAAAAUUGGAACAGAAAAAACUAUUUUUUUUGCUAUCAAUAAUUGUUAUUGAAUGUUCAUUUUUUUUUAAAUCUUAGUCAAAAAUGAUUUUCAAACAGAAAUGUUUAAGCAAUUGUUUUAGAUUUUGUUUUUAAUUGUCAAUUUGUGAAGUGGACAAAAGUGAAAUGUUCAUAAAAUGUAUCUGAUGACAUCUAUUGUAGUCGAGAAUUAAACCCACAUAAAAAAACACACACUCAACACUUGGUGGAUGAUUGUUUGCAUCUCCUAUUUGUAAUGUUCCAAACAAGAAAUACAAAAAUUAUAUAUUGUAGAACAACAAAAGUACUGAAUAAAAUGCUAUUGUAGA